CCCGCCUGGUUUCGCCGCUCCAAGGUCCGUCGCCGCCAUGCCGCUGGCCGAGUGUGUCGACCACGCCUACGACUGCAACGAUCCGGCCUUUGACGGCAAUCAGAGCACCUGUGCCUACUACAACGGCAAGUAUGCGGACAUGGAAGGAGACACCGCUCUCCUCGUGGUCAGCGCAAUCAUUGGCGCCGGUAUGUGCUUCUGCAUCGGCGCAAACGACUCGGCCAAUUCUUGGGGCUCGUCGGUCGGCUCGGGCGCAAUCCCGCUCGGCCUCGCCGUCUGCCUCGGCGGCUUCUUCGAGUGGUUGGGCGCCACCCUGCUCGGAUACGGCGUCUCGGGCACCAUCCAGAAGGGCGUGGCCGACAUCGACGACCCAGAGUGCUGGGGGUGCGGCCACUGCGACUCGGGCAUGUCCGUGUACGCCGUCGGCAUGUGCGGCUCCCUCAUCGCCGCCACGAUCUUCCUGCUCCUCUCCACGUUCGCCAAGAUGCCCGUCUCCACCACGCACGCGAUUGUCGGCGCGGUCGUCGGCAUGACAGUCGUCGGGUCCUACGAGAUGAACGGCUUUUCCUGCCUGAACUGGUCAUUCGACGGCGGCCUCUCCGCCAUCAUCGUCUCCUGGGUCGCGUCGCCGCUCCUCUCCGGCUUCAUCGGCAUCUGCAUCUACAAGCUGACCGAGAGGCUCACGCUCGCAUCCAGCAAGCCGACGCGCAACGCUCUCCUCCUCCUCCCGUACCUCUACUCGAUUGCCACCUUCAUCAUCGCCUUCAUGAUCAUGCUCAAGUCCAAGCCCACCAAGAGCAUCCCAAUCAUGGGCAAGAUCAUCAUCGCCGUGGCCAUCGGCGUCGUGAUGCACGUCCUCGCGACCUUCGUCGUCACGCCUGAGGUGGCCAAGAGGCUGCCCUCCUCGGUGAGGGACCGCGAGGCGCUCGAGGCGGAGGAGGCGGCGAGGCGGGAGGAGAUGACGUCUCUGCCGGCUCGCGUUCGAGAGCUCGAGGACCGCCUCGCGCUGGUGAGCCCGCCGCCGAGCCCGCCGGAGAGCACGCUGCCGGGCGUGGCAGCCGCCGAGGACGAGGAGAAGGUCGUGCGCAUGUCGCAGCAGGAGUACGAAGACCUGGUGCACCGCGCCGGCAUGAAGACGCGCAUGGAGAAUGCCAUCGACGACUUCACCUCGCCGAUGCGCACUCUGCUCUGGAAGUGGAUGCGCAUCGGCCACGUGCUCGAGCACGGCCAGGAAGACGCACUCAACGUGUUCAAGUACGUGCUCGUCUUCGUCGCAUGCCUCGAGUCUUUUGCUCACGGCGCCAACGACACCGCCAACUCGACCGGCGCCUUCUCGGCCGUCUACCUCUCCUACUCCGACGGCCUGUACGCGUGCGGAGACGCCGAGACGCCGUGGUGGAUCAUGUCGAUCGCGGGCGCGUUCGUCGCGCUGGGCAUCAUCACCCUCGGGUACCGCGUCAUCCAGACCAUCGGCUCCGACCUCGCGGAACUCAACUUCCACAUGGGCUUCUCGAUCGAGAUGGCGUCCACCCUGUCGGUGGUGAUCGCGACCAUCGUCGGCCUCCCCGUAUCCUCCACGCACUGCCAGGUGGGCGCCGUCGUCUUCAUCGGCCUCGUCAAGGACUGCGGCAAGAAGCCGGAGGAAAAGGCUGAGGGGGGGGGCGCCAACUGCAAGCUCUUUGGCAAGAUUGCGCUCACUUGGGUGCUGACGCUGCCCUUCGCCGCUCUCCUCUCCGCCGGGUUCGUCGCCAUCGGCCGCGCCGCCAUCAACCAGUGAGAGCUCUCGAUUGUCGCGCGAAAGCCGCCACUCAGCUUCAUCACCGUUGAUUUGAGGUCUGAACCGCACUCGGACCACGGAAGGGGGGGGGGCAACUCUCCAUCGGCGUCGAGAUAUCAAUAUGGACUUGAGAUUUUGGCGCUGACCGCUGACCGCUGUGCAACAAGAUCGAGACGGACAUGAACUGGACAGGAAGGACUGCGCAAUCUCAUCGAGAGAAGGAACAGCAAAAGCGAAAGGAAGAACGUGCGCGUGUGUGGAUCAGGUGUGGAUUGUCACUAACCGUCCUGUCGUGCGAUUUCGGGCUUUUUACGUAGGAAAUAGGCAGGCUUUCUUUCCCCGUU